GGCAGUGGGCGUGCCGCCCGCCGGCCGAUGAAUGGAGGGGCCGCAGCGCGCCCUGCUGAGGGCUGCUGGCGCGGGAUGGGGCCCGGCGGCCUGUGCGGGCUCUGGAGGCGAGCGGCUGGCCCGGAGGAGCAGCGGCUGCUGGAGCUUCUGUCCUAUGGACUGGUGGCCCUGGGUGCUGCCUCUGCCCUGCUGCUCUGCUUCAUCCCCAUGCCCUACGGCCGGUACUCCUCGCGGCGCUUCGGCUGCCUGCUGCCCGCUCGCCCUGCCUGGGUACUGCAGGAGCUGCCCUCCCUUCUCAUCCCUCUCGGGCUCGCCGCCUGCGGUGGGCCUGUAACCUCCGACUGGCCCAAUCGCUGCCUGCUGGGCUGCUUUGUCGUUCACUACGCACACAGGUCACUCAUAUUUCCUCUCCUGAUCCGGCAAGGAAAACCAACACCAUUUUUCACCUUUGUGCUAGCACUUCUCUUCUGUGUUUACAAUGGAUACUUGCAAGGUCGAAGCUUAAGCAACUAUGCAAAGUACCCCUCAGGCUGGUUGCAAGAUCCAUGUUUUAUUACAGGUUUCACAGGGUGGUUGGUUGGCAUGGCAAUCAACAUUCAUUCUGACCAUAUCCUCAGAAAUCUGAGAAAGCCAGGGGAGACUGGUUACAAGAUACCAAGAGGAGGCCUGUUUGAGUACGUCAGUGGAGCCAACUUUUUUGGGGAGAUCCUGGAAUGGUUUGGGUUUGCUCUUGCCUGCUACAGCAUUGAAAGCCUCUCAUUCGCCUUGUGUACGCUGUUCAUCUUGGGUUCGAGGGCAAAGCAACACCACCAAGCAGCUCUUGUGAAAGACACUGAUAUCACAGUGGCUGAGAGUGAGCAGAAACACGAGUGUCAACACAGUGAGCUAAUCAAUUAUGUUGAAGUUGACAGUUCAUCCUGGAUCUGUAAAGACAAGUUCUGGAGAACUGGUUUAAUUCAUCAUGUACUAUAUCCCCUUGUGCCUUAAACAUCUCUAUGAUACUGACAGUUUGGAAAUCACUCAAAGCUUCUGUAACAGGCACACUUUACACACAAUCUGAUAUGGAGUUGACUAUAAUCAAGUGUACAGGCAAUAAGAGAACAGUUGUGGUAGGUUAUAUUUAAUACAAUCUCUACUCUGUAACUGCAAGUCUUCAUCCAGUUGCAUUCUGAGUGUCUCCAAGGGUGCAAGCUUCAACACACCUCUGGCCAAGCACCAGCUGGUGGUUUGGCCCUGGCUGAGUGCCAAAUGCCAAUCCAGCUGCUCUGUCACUCCCAGUCUUAGACGGAAAGAGCAGAGGCAAAAUACAACAAAAGGCCUGCAGUAAGAUAGAAGCAACUUUAAUGCAAAGCAAAAGCAAACAAAGAUGUUAUCAUCUGGCUUGAGACAAAGUAGAGAAGUUCGGAGCACUGCUUCCCAGGAGUCACCAAAUGCACAUAGUGGUUGCUCUAGAGGACAGACACCAUCAACGACUGUCCCCACACUUCCUUCCUUCACUUAGCUUAUACAUCUGAGCUGAUGUCAUAUAGCAUGGAAUC